AUGUCGAACGAAGAUUUCUUUAAAGACUCUGAUCAAGAAAAUACACUAAAAGAUCUUUUAUCAUUUGAUUUAUGUAAAGAAUUAAAUAAAGAGGCUCUUUUAAAGGAAGAUUUUUCUGUAGAUGAUUUUUUAAAAAAAAUAUACAAAUUUCAUACACUUGAAGAUUUACAAAUUAAAUUAAAGGAAGUAUUGAAAUCUACUGAAAAAGAGAUUUUUACAUUAAUUUAUAAUGAAUAUAAUAAUUUCUUCAAAAUUACAUGUGAUAUUCUUGAAAAUGAAAAUAAAAUAAUUGAUUUAUUAGUUCGUUUAACAAAAUUUAAAAAUGAAGUUCAAGAAAUAUAUAAAGUGAUUCAACAAAAUGUUGUAAAUAUGGAUGAAGAAUUACAUAAGAAAAAAGAACUUUAUAGAAGAAAAGUACUUGCAACAAAUCUGUUAAAUGUUAACAUGAUGAUCGAAGAUAUGGAAAAUCUUCUGUGUACAGAUUCAGAGAAAUUUGACGGCGCUGACAUAAUAAUUUUGCAACAAGCAGCAAAAUCUUAUAUAUCACUUAAAUAUUAUUCCUCACUUGUUCCAUCACAGCAUCCAUUUAUAGAAAAAAGAAAAGAAAAAAUUCAAAAUGUACAAAACAAUUUUUUCAAUUGUUUAGCUUCAGCCCUUCAUAAAUAUAGGGAAAAUGCUUUACAGAUAGAAAACUUGUUAAAAGUUCUUCAAAUAUAUAGAGAGAUUGAUGCAUCAGCAGAAGCAUGUCAUCAGUUGUAUAAAAUAAAAUAA